CAACGUUGGCGUUAGUCGUCCGGCUGAUGUCCACUAGGGUGCACACUCGAGUCCAUUGCUGUUCAGACCAGACGGUUUUGAAUUUUCGUUGUAUUCUGCCGGUGUUUAUUGAACGGAUCGUUCUGAAACUUAUUUCACGGCCACUGGCUCAGUUCGUUGAUUGGACGCUAAUCACCACGACCUUAUCGUCUUUGCGUUGAUGACAAGGUUGGCAGCAAAAUUGGCAAAGAAAGAACCAAACGAAAAUCAGUCGGUGGUUUACAUCCUAAAAUGACGAUAAACAGCGUUUGGAAAGUGAAUGUUUGCGAGACUUUGAUCGACAUUGGAUGUGUUCGCUCGACAGGAAACAGUGGGCCAACAGUCGAAACGCCAUUGGUCGUAAGGGACAAAUGAUGGCCAUCCCAACGGCUAUCAACAAGACAAACAACAUUUCUGGCGCAGUUUUGCUCGGCCACGUCCUAAAUUUCGCCAUGAAAAAGCAACAAGAAAAACAGCGUCACGAUCUCUUGCCGUUGGUCGAUUCAAAUUGGUUCGACAACGGCACCGCUGCAUCGUCCAGUCACAUCAUCAAAGCAGCAAGUGAUGCAACAACUGUCGAACUGCUUAUGCCCGUCUGGGCUUACCAAACGGCGGCUGUUUAUUUAAUUUGCAUUUGUGUCGUCGGUUUGAUUAUGAACGUCAUCGUCGUCAUCGUCAUCCUCAACGAUCCCCAGAAGUCACCGCUGAACUGGAUGUUGCUCAAUUUGGCUUGCUCCGAUGGAAUUAUUGCUGGUUUUGGAGCUCCAAUCUCAGCAUCGGCGGCUUUCCAGUUUGAUUGGCCGUUCGGCAACGAAUUGUGCAUCGCCUACGCCAUGAUCAUGUCCACGGCAGGGAUAGGAUCGAUAACAACUUUAACAGCUUUGGCCUUGUGGCGAUGUCAGUUGGUUGUCUAUUGCCCGGCAAAACGGGGCAGCGCUUUUGCCAACAACAACAACAGCAACGGUGGAAGACUGGGACAUUGUCGGGCCGUCCUUUUGCUGGCCAUUAUCUGGACGUACUCGUUAGCUGUGACAUGUCCGCCGCUUUUCGGAUGGGGACGAUACGACAGGGAAGCCUCCCACAUCAGCUGUUCGGUGAAUUGGGAGUCUAAAAUGGACAACAAUCGGUUGUACAUUUUGUACAUGUUUGCCUUUGGAUUGUUCGUCCCGUUGGCGGUGAUCGUCGUUUCUUACGUCAGCAUCUUACGCGUCGUCAGAAAGGCCGGUAAAUUCAAGAAGACAAUGUCGACCAUGUCGCACAAUGUCGACCAGUCACAAGAAAUAUCAAACCAACAGCAAGUGCAGACGCUACACAAAACGGAGCGCAAGAAACAAACGAGUGACGCAGCCGAGAAGCGUGUGACGGUCAUGGUGGCCUGCAUGGUCGGCGCCUUCCUGACGGCCUGGACGCCCUAUUCCAUUUUGGCUCUUUUCGAAACAUUCACGGGCGAAAUGGGCCUUCCGUCGAAUGGCAAUUUUUCAUGGCGAGGCAAUGGCGACGAGUUGCAUUACGUCGGCACAAUUUCGCCUGGAUUCGCCACCAUUCCGUCGCUUUUCGCUAAGACGUCCGCCGUCCUCAAUCCACUGAUUUACGGUCUGCUCAACACUCAGUUCCGCACGGCUUGGGAGAAAUUUUCUGUCCGCUUCCUGAGUCGACGUCAGCGUCGCAAGAAUAAAGAGAUGCGACAUUUAUUGAGCUGCAUAGGCCAUAAGACGCCGACGUUGAAACCAUCGACGUCUGUCCAUUUCUCCAUGAAAGAAAUGGUGUCCAACGAAUCUCAAUCGGCUUACGUCAUGGCCCGUCACGUGGUGGCCAGUCCUCCUGUUGUCCGCUUCGUUCAACAACAACACGAACCGCCAAUACGACUCAAAUGUCUUUCGCCUUCGUUGGCGUCUUCUUCAUCGACGGCCGACGCGGACACGUCCGUCGCCAACCAACAGUCGAUUCAAACGAGAGGCUUCAAGAAUUCUUUAUUGCCGCGCCAGGACGAAGAAGAGGUUGGAAACGAGCCCGGCAAAUUGGUCGUCAUUCUUUCCAUCACGGAAUCGACCAGCUGCACGACCACGACCGACGAUCACGCCUUCACGGCAACGUUGGAAGAGGAGUCUGUUUUCUCGGAACAGACUCCGGUGAACGUCAGCGACUCACUUGACAUCAACUUGUCUCCGACGGAAAAUUAAAUGAAGCUCAGGGUGGUGUUGUAUAUUAUAUAUAGGAAUGUCAACGAUGGCCAGGAAGGGGACGCCGGAUCGAUAGUCUCUCACCGCAGGUUGAAUUGAUUGAAAGAUGUGUUUAUUUGAUAUCCGAUGCACUCCGUAUUUGAUUUUGUCUGCUGAAAAGGCGAAUUUAUUUAGAAAUGUCUGUUUAUUUUCCGCGUUUAGUGUCGAGUAUUUUAGGACGUGUGAACAUUUGGAUGGUGGAACCUCUACCGAAUUCACGUAACACAUUCCUUUAACAAACAAUAAUAGAUUCGUUGUAAAUGUACACCAAUGCCGAUGUAUGGCUUCCAUUUAUUAUAACAACACAUUGAUCGAAUGAUUUCCACACAAAAAAACCUCCUCUUCCCUCCAUGUACAUAAUAAUAACAACAACAUCAAAACAAAUUUAUUUAUUCACUACAAAAUAUACAUUUACUUUCUAUUCCUCCCUCAUAUAUUUAUAUGUAUCGAUGUGUUUUCAGAAGAACAAUACAGGGUCACAUUUGAAUACAUUUAAAUGGCAACAA